AUGGCCGGAGGUAUGAAAAAGUCGACGAAGAAAUUCGAGAAGAAGCACCUCAAGGAUACUCUCGAGCGACGCAAGGCUGCCGCGAAAAUCAAGCAGCGGCACCAGCAGAAUGACAAGCGAAAGGCACAGAAUGCCAGCCGGCGCGCAGAGGCUGAAGAUGCGGAUGAGCCAAGCCCCGAGGAAGCGAAAAAGCAGAAUGCUUUUGCGGAAAUGAAUGUCGACGACUUCUUCGCGGGCGGAUUUGACAUUCCCGAAGAUGCCAAAAAGGCGAGCAAGAAGAACGUUACUCCUAAGAUCGGCAAGCGGAAACGUUCGGAGGAUCAGACAGAACAAGAGGGCGAGGAGUCAGGGUCUGAGGCUGGCGAGGACAAUGCUACGCAGAGCGAUGAAGAGGACGAUGGCAACGCGUUCGAUGCGCACAAGGACCAGCUCGAGGCAUUGAAGGACAAGGACCCCGAGUUCUACAAGUACCUGAAAGAGAACGAUGCGGAAUUGCUCGACUUCGCGGACCACGGUGACCUGGCAGAAGUUGAUGAGCUGAGCGAGGGCGAAUCAGCGGAAGAGGAGGGUCCCGCUAAGAAGAAGAAGAAGAAGGUCCGCCAGGAAGAGGAGGAAGAGAAAGAAGAAGACAACACCCUUACCAUCGUGAUGAUUAAGAAGUGGCAGAAGUUGAUGGAGGAGCAGCACUCGAUCCGGGCCAUGCGUCAGGUGGUGCUUGCAUUCCGUGCCGCAGCCUACGUCAACGAGGUCGAGGCCCAGGAUCAGAAAUACUCCAUUUCCGACCCCAAUGUGUACCAUCAGGUUCUUAUCACGGCGCUCAAUGUUGUCCCGAAGGUUCUGGCACACCAUCUCCCCAUUAAGGAGACGGCCUCGGGCAGGAUCAAGGUGUCAUUGGACUCGAAGAAAUUCAAGACACUCACGCCCCUGAUCAAAUCGCACACCUCUUCGGUCCACCAGCUCCUCACCAACCUGUCUGACCCCUCAACCCUCAAGCUAACCCUCUCAUCGAUUGAGCCCAUGCUCCCGUACCUGCUGCAGUUCCGCAAACUGCUGAAGGUGCUGAUCAAGACUGUUGUCGGGAUCUGGGCCGAUGUGUCCAUCGCGGACGCCACUCGUAUCACUGCUUUUCUACUCCUCCGCCGUCUCAUGGUUCUGGGCGACCCGGGUAUCAAGGAGACGGUGCUGAAGGCUACCUACGAGGGUGUGGUCAAGGGCAGUCGCAAUACAACCGUGCACACCCUGGCGGGCGUCAACCUGAUGAAGAACUCAGCGGCUGAGAUCUGGGGUAUCGACCAAAAUGUCUCCUACACGACGGGCUUCACUUUCAUCCGGCAGUUGGCCAUGCACCUGCGCAGCAGCAUUACCAACACGAGCAAGGAUUCGUACAAAACCAUCUACAACUGGCAAUACGUGCAUUCGCUGGACUUCUGGUCUCGCGUGCUGGCGCAGCACUGUGACGGGCUGGUCGAAGCACAGUCCGGCAAGCAGUCGGCUCUGCGCCCUCUCAUCUACCCCGUCGUGCAAAUCACGCUGGGCGCGAUGCGCCUGAUCCCAACAGCGCAGUAUUUCCCUCUUCGCUUCCAACUCACGCGUGCCCUACUCCGCGUUUCUCGUGCCACGGGCACAUACAUCCCGCUGGCAUCAUCACUCCUGGAGGUGCUCACCUCCGCCGAGAUGCGCAAGCCGCCCAAGACCAGCACUCUCCGGCCACUGGAUUUCAACACCGCCAUCCGCGCUCCGAAAUCCUACCUGCGUUCGCGCAUCUACCAAGAUGGAGUGGGUGAACAAGUAGCCGAGCUCCUGUCGGAGUUCUUCGUCUUGUGGUCCAAGCACAUCGCCUUUCCCGAGCUGUCGGUCCCCGUCGUUGUCGCGCUCAAGCGCUGGCUGAAGCAGGUCUCGAACCGCGCCUCCGGCAACAAGAACUCAAAGAUCAACCAGAUGAUUCUGCUCCUUGUCCAAAAAAUCGAGGCCAAUUCUCGCUGGAUUGAGGAGCGCCGUCUCAAUGUCUCCUACGCCCCGCGCCAACGUGCUGAGGUUGAGUCUUUCCUCAAGGAUGUUGACUGGGAGUCUACGCCUCUCGGCGCGUUUGUCAAAACGCAGCGCAAGCUGAGAGAAGAGCGUGCCGCUAUCGUUGAGGAGGGUCGUCGGGAGGAAGAGAAGCGCCGUGCUGAGGAUAAGAAGGGUGGCAAUGGCGACGAUUUCAUGGAUGGCGUUGCUAGUAGCGAUGAGGGUAGCGACGAAGACGAGGAAGAGUUGGAGAGCGAGGAAGAGGCAGAGCUUGAGGAUGAUGAUGAGGACGAGCUGGAGAUGGAGGAUGACUAG